AUGACUGGAGAAAUCUUAUUAAUAACACGACAACAAGGAAAUGGAUGGUAUAUUGAACUAAAGCCCAAAGGUGGUUGGGAAAACGAUGAAUCGCAACAAGAAGCAGCAGCUAGAGAAACAUACGAAGAAGCUGGCGCACGCGGAAAAUUAUCAUUUAUUGGAAUAUGGGAUCAUAAACAAACUGACUCACCCAAUACUGCAUUUAUUUUUUUUGAAAUGGAAGUGGAUAAAUUAGAAGAUCAGUGGCCUGAAAUGGAUGUACGAAAUAGACAGUGGGAUGCUCUAAAAGCCUUAGCAAAACCUUUCAUGCGGGAGGUGGUAGAACGUUGCUCGUUGGCACCUUCAAAUAAAUAA